UGCGAAUGACCUCCAUUCACGAAGCAAGGUCGCGUUCAGUGAGCAGACGUAUGAAGCGCCCGAGGUUGACGACAAUGCAAUCCAGGCAUUUGGCGAUCAUCAAGGUCUCGCAGACCAAGUUGUCGUGCGGCGCAAAGUCUCUCAGCAAGCAAGGACACAUAUUGCAGGCCAUUGUGCCAGUUUGCCGUCCUCUUGAACCAAUUGGCUUAUUGGAGAGAACAGAGCCCGACAAGAAAAGAGCAGCAGGCAAGCUGCUUAAGCGAAAACGACGCUUACGAGAGCAGAAGCACUCUUUAUGGAUAGCUGAGGGCUAUCGACUCCAGUAUAAAUAGCUUCUAGAUUUGAUUAUGAGCGGAUGUUGGCC